AAACAAAUAACUCCUAUUUUCGUCCAUGUUCAAAGCCCUAGACCUAAAACUUUACAUGAAUAUAUUAAUCAUUAUGAACAUUAGUUCCUAAGAUCAUGAUCAAAUGCAUUCUAACCUCUUCUAUAAAAUCGCUUAAUCACCAAUGGAACAAAUAUCUAAUAUAUUGGAACACGUAUGUACUAUUUUCACUGUAAAUACUCCCGGUUGUCAUUGCUUCCUUAAAAUUUUUUUGAAUGCGAAAGGAAUUAGGCGCGACUCACUUAGUGCAUAUCUGACUUCUAAAAGGGAAAUAAUAAUAAAUGCAAGAACCGAAACAAGCAAAACAGAUGAAAUCAUUUGUCGUGAAGUUCAAAAUAAGCUUACUGUGCCUCAGAAUGUGAUGGCUGAAAACUCUAAAAUCAUGUUAUUACGAAAUGGUCUCCUUCUAAUUGAUAUUCCAUAUAUGUCUUUUGAUUUAAGCAAACCAAGACAAAGUAAAGAAUGUGAUGGUAUAACAUUACAGGAAUGCAAAAGUUCUGUUCCAAAUGAGCCUGAUAUCGAACUGGAUAAUGGUGAAAAAUUACAAACACAACAUCUUGAUCGACAUAAAACUAUUCGCGAAGGGAAUAAACUCAUUUUCGUGAUCCCCUUAGACAAAAAUUUCAAGGAAGAGAAUAUAAAGGUUACUGUUGUACAACGUUCAGUAUGCAUAACAAUUACUAACCUUGAUUAUUCAAUAGUGAAACAUAACUCUAAUAAAUCUGAUUCCAAACAUCUUGUCCAAAGAACAUAUUAUAAAGAAUAUGAGGCUUCUGAUUGUAUUCCUGAUCCUGAAUCAAUUAAUUUUUAUGUUGAUAAUAAUCGUCUUAUUGUUAAUUUAAACAUAACCAAAACGUCACAACAAUCUCAGAUAACAUGAAAAUUCCUCUUAUACAGAACCUCAUUUUAUAAAUAGUAACAGUGGGAAAGUGUUUGAUUAUUUUGAAUUUUAUUUUUUCAACAUGGACUGUAAUUUAUCAUACUACUCUAUUACAAUCAGGACAACUCAAAGGACAUAGCGGGUAAGUAGAAAAGCCAAGAAUGAACAAAAUACCAGUGGCAUACACGUUUUCACACCGAGUCAUCAAUUCUUGGAACCUGUUACUCGUGGCAGUGGUGUCAGCAUCUUCAAAUGACUCAUUCAAAAUAAGAUUAUACCCUCACAGAGAUAUACUGAAAAAAGAAUAACAUAUACCGCAAA